UGUGUCGCUGACAUGCUGCUGCUCAUCCCCCUCAUCUUUACACUCUUUCUGGAGGUAAAAUCUCAAGGAUUCUCUGAUCAGUUUUGGCUGACAGCAUCUCCAGCAUCAGUUCAGAAAGACUCAAGCACAGUGCAGCUGAGACAUGAUGAACGUGACGCUCAGUCUGAUUUGAAUGAGCGGCCGGAUAUUAAAGUCAUCUAUGAUUCUGAAAAGGGUGAAUUUAGAAUUCUGUGUGAAAUACCAGGAUCAGAUAAUGGUGGUUAUACUUGUUUUCUUUCUCUUGGAGAUGAAUAUCCACAAUUUAAAAAGAUACAAUCUCAUGAACUGUCUGGAAAAACACAGUGUGGUUUUACAGUCUUGGAAUAUGAAUUUUCAAAUAAUCUGAAGUCAGUCGAGAAUAAAGUAGUGAGCUGCAGUUAUUCUCCAAAAAACGCAAUAUCCAAACGAUCAUACAGUGAGAAGUACAGUCUUACAGAUUUUUUUUCUGUGAAAAUUCAGUCACCACCAGAAACAAAGGAAACAUUAUUUUUGAAACAUGGUAACAGUUUCUAUGCAGAUUCAACACCAACUUUCUCUAUAAAUGCUACGACAAUAGAGCCAAAAACAACUCUGGCUACAGAAUCCAGUACUUGUUGUGAGACCACAAUAAACCCUACAACUGAAACUACUCAUCCUUCACAACCGCUCAAUGUCACAUGGAACACGACAGGGGUUCUCAAAGUUUCAACUUCUGGUGAAAAUGCUGUCCAUAGAACACCAAGAACAAAAACAUUGCUCAUCCUGACACUGGCAGCCACAAGCGGAGGGAUUUUCCUGACCGGACUCAUGGGCAUCUGUCUGUGCUGCAUCAGACUGCAACCAAGGAAGAAGAGCCCUGUGAAUACUUCUGUAGCAGCCAUUUCCCAGACCUCAGAUGAUAUUGACGCCAACGAGGAAUGUUCUGAAGAAAAUGGGAUGAAACUGUACCACGUGUACUGCACCAUCCCUGAUGUCGCUGCAGACUCUCAUGUGUUAUACAGUCUGGCACAAAUGCCAAACCAUCCUCUGCCAGUUUAA